UAUCCCCAAAACCCCCCUAACCGCCAUUAAACAAUUUUCUCAAUUUUCUCAACUUUUUUAUAUAUUUUUUCAAAAACUUUCAUCUUUCUUGUCAUCUUGUACAGAAAUCAUCAAGCAUCAGUGGACCAUUCCAUCGGUAAUCGUGCACUCGAAUCAUCCAUUUUUUGUUUCUACGCCAUUAUAGUGGAAGUGUAAUCGCCGUAUGUUCUAAUGGGAUGGAGAGAAGUAUUACUUUCGCUAUCUUUCACUCUCACUUUGGCCGAAUCCUCUAGCAGAUCAUUAUCAAUGUGGUCAACAAAACUUGAUACCGGCCAUUCUUUUCUCUACAAUUGGACAGUCUUCAGUUCAAGCUUUUGUGUACUUGUUGCUCUUAUCCUCUCAAUGUAUCUAAUCUUUGAGCACUUAUCUUCUUACAAUCAACCUGAGGAGCAGAAGUUUUUAAUUGGGCUCAUUUUGAUGGUUCCUGUUUACGCUCUGGAAUCGUUUUUGUCACUGUUGGAUUCAGAUGCUGCGUUUAACUAUGAAAUAAUCAGGGAUUGUUAUGAAGCGUUUGCUUUAUAUUGCUUUGAAAGAUAUCUGAUAGCCUGCUUAGGUGGAGAGGACAAUACUAUUAAAUUCAUGGAAAGUAAAAGCCUAAUCAGCUCUAGCAUUCCUCUUAUAGAAGAAUCAUAUACUUACGGAAUUGUCGAACAUCCUUUCCCGUUGAAUUUCUGUAUGAGAGAGUGGUAUCUCGGUUCUGACUUUUACCAAGCUGUAAAAAUUGGGAUCGUGCAAUAUAUGAUACUGAAGCUGAUAUGCGGACUGCUGGCAAUGCUGUUUCAGUUUCUUGGUGUUUAUGGAGAAGGGAAGUUCGAAUGGGGAUACGCCUAUCCGUACUUGGCACUGGUUCUUAAUUUCAGCCAGAGCUGGGCGUUAUACUGUCUUGUGCAGUUUUACUCAGUAAUCAAAGAUAAACUAGCACCAAUAAAACCCUUGGCUAAGUUUCUGACGUUUAAAUCGAUAGUAUUUCUAACAUGGUGGCAAGGUGUCAUUAUUGCAUUCCUUUUUUCUAUGGGAGCCCUUCGAGGUUCUUUAGCUCAGGAGUUAAAAACUCGCAUUCAAGAUUAUCUGAUAUGCAUCGAGAUGGCGGUUGCUGCAGUGGUGCAUUUAUAUGUAUUUCCUGCAGCAUCUUAUAAACGGGGAGAAAGAUGUGUAAGAAAUGUCUCCGUCAUGGCUGACUAUGCGUCGUUAGGAACUGAACCUGCUCCAGAUGAGGUUCGGGACUGUGAGAGAACCCCGAAAGUACGGUUUGGUCAUCAUGAUGAUGUGGCAAAACGUAUGAGGUUACAUCAGAGUGUUCGUGACGUGGUUGUUGGAAGUGGUGAAAUCAUGGUUGACGACAUGCGGUUUACAGUUUCACACGUGGUGGAGCCCGUUGAAAGGGGAAUAGCGAAAAUAAAUAAAACUUUUCACGACAUAUCAGAAAAUGUGAAACGACAUGAGGAAAGAAUUAAAAGCUCUAAAGAUGACAGUCAUGUUAUUCCGUUAAAUUCUUGGAGAAAAGAAUUUUCUGAAGACAAUGAUAACAUAGUUGACGGUAGUGUUAGUGAUAGUGGGAUCUCCGAAGGAAGAGGGAAACGCCGACAGUUGAAAGCAUCAUCGUUAUAUUCUAACCGCUAAUAGUUUUGAAAUACUGUUAACGAGAAAAAAAUAUAUGCUGGGUGAUUAACAAUAACUCACAUGAUUCCAUUUACUGCUGUAAAGAAAGAUGGAUGAUCUUACUGGAUGUAAAGAAUAUACUGUGACACCUGUCAAUAUCUUAAUCAAUAAGAAAUUCAGUGUCUUUUAGUGAUUAUGUAAGAUGUAAGUUUCUAAUCUUUGGAUAAUACAAUGUUAGUCACAAUACCUUUAUUGAGUUUGAUAUUUGAUGUUAA